AGAUUUGCCUCGCAGGCUCAUCUGAGUUCGGUGACCUCAGUCAAACUGAGCACAUUCGUCUCUUGUUUUGUCCUUUCUGCUGCUGAUGUGACGUCUGCGUGUCAAUAUUUGAUUUGUGGUAAAUGAUCAGUCGAUCAUCUGGACCCCGUCCUCCAUUUUACCUCCAGAUCGACACCAAGCGUCUGUCCUCUCAGGAGACAACGGGUGGGACGGUCCGCUCCCAGCAGAACAGACAGACAGACAUGCUGCCGUCCACAGCUCUGACGCUCUGCACCCUGCUCACCUGCUCUGCACUGGCCCAGUGUACAGUGUUCCUGGAUCAGUCUUCGGCGGGUCAGGUCCUCCGCUCGACCUCCCGGAGGCGUCGAGCCAACUCUUUGUUCCUGGAGGAGAUGUUGCCAGGAAACCUGGAGCGGGAGUGUUACGAGGAGAGCUGCUCGCAGGAGGAGGCCGCCGAGAUCUUCCAGACCAGAGAGAAGACGCUGGAGUUUUGGUACAAAUACACAAAUCUGAACCCUUGUCGGACCAACCCCUGUUUGAACGGAGGAAUAUGUACUAUGGACCGAGGAGACUUCAUGUGUCUCUGUCCUCCUCAGUACCAUGGCAAGACCUGCGACUCAGAGGUGCUGGAGUGUCGCUAUAGAAACGGCGGCUGUAUGCAGUACUGCAGAGACCUGCUGGAUGGCGCUGGCGUUCAGUGUGGCUGCGCUGACGGAUUCAAACUGGAGACUGAUGGACACUGCUCCCCGACAGUGUCCUUCCCCUGUGGCCGUCAGAGUCAGACGUUCUACAGGAGUCGCUCGCCCUGGACUCGCUCCGAGCUGGUCAACGCCAGCGCAGACAGCUGGGAACCAACGCUUAACGUAACAGAGUCAGGCGAGGGGCUGAUGACAGUGAACGCAACGUCUGAGCACAGAGGAGGAAAUGAGACGGAGCUGGACGAGGGGGGAGAGUUCACCCUUCGUAUUGUGGGUGGACUCCUGGAGAAACGAGGAGGGAGUCCCUGGCAGGUUCUGAUCCGCAGGUCUGACGGUUAUGGUUUCUGUGGGGGGACUCUGGUCUCUGAUCGGUGGGUGGUCUCUGCUGCUCACUGCUUGGAAGAGCCUGCAGACCACGUUACUAUAGGAGACCUUGAUAAGAUGCGUCCUGAUCCUGGCGAGCAGCUCAUCAAGAUUCAGAAGGUCAUCGUUCACCCUCACUUCCACUCCUUCACCUUCGACAGCGACAUCGCUCUGCUGUACCUCGCCCAGCCCGUCGUCAGGGGCCCCACCGCGGUCCCCGCCUGCCUCCCCGACCCGCACCUCUCCAGAUACCUGCUGCAGGAUGGUAACCGCGGUGUGGUGACGGGCUGGGGGCUCACUCGUUACCUGGGCAGGUCGUCCCGGUUCCUCAGGAAGGUGACGCUUCCGGUGGUCAGGUACCGGGACUGCACCGCAUCCACGGAGCAGGUGAUCACAGACAACAUGUUCUGCGCGGGUUACCUGGACGUCAGCAUCGACGCCUGCAGCGGAGACAGCGGAGGACCGUUUGUGGUGAACUACAGGGGGACCUGGUUUCUGACCGGAGUGGUCAGCUGGGGAGAGAAGUGUGCCGCAAAGGGAAAGUAUGGCGUUUAUGCCCGACUGGGGAACUUCCUGAACUGGAUCCGAGACACCAUGGAGAGGACGGACAUCAACGAGACCGAGAGCUGAGACGCAGGAGCUCUGAACAGAACCGACAGGUUGCAGAAAGGAUCACGUUUCACUUUGGGAUUAAAGUGUAGAUUUAGUUCCCCCACACCGACUCUGAUCGUCGUCCCCUGGAAGGUUUGGCUCACCUUCAGGCUGCACAUGCUGUCAUCUCAUUGGCUGCGAAGUGAGAGGGCAUCACCUGAGGCGGAGCCGAGCUGAAUCUCAGCGUCCUCACUCUCUGCUUUCUGCUUCUGUUCUCAUUCACUCAAUGCACUCGGGCUUCACCUCUUAAAUUCCUGUUAGAGAAGCUUCUGAGACGGAGUCGUCUCCUGUCCUGUCCUGAACCGUUUGUCCGGUCGACGCCCACCCUGUCAGGCUCGUGUCUGU